AUGGCCAAUGUCACUGUGCUGCUGAGUGAAUUCGUCCUCAUGGGAUUCUCCGACAUUUGGGAGCUGCAGGUCCUCCAUGCUGUGGUAUUCUUUCUCAUCUACCUGACGGCUCUGAUUGGCAACCUGCUCAUCAUUCUUCUUAUCACGUUGGACCAGCACCUCCACAGUCCUAUGCACUUUUUUCUGAGGACACUGUCGUUGUUAGAUGUGUGCUUCAUCUCUGUCACAGUUCCCAAGGCCAUCACUCAAUCUUUGACCCAGAAUAGCUCAAUAUCAUUCCUGGGCUGUGCAGUGCAAGUUUUCUUGGUUGUUCUGUUUGCCUGUGCAGAGCUGGCCUUGCUCACAGUGAUGUCCUAUGACCGGUAUGUAGCCAUGUGUCACCCCCUACAUUAUCAGGUCAUGAUGAGGAAAGGAGCCUGUGAGAAGAUGGUGGCUGCCUCCUGGUUCAGUGGGGCUGUCUCUGGCUUCUUGAACACUUCUGUGACCUCGUUACCAUUCUGUUGGUCAGAUGUCAUCCAUCAGUUCUUCUGUGAGAUCCCCUCAUUACUCAGACUCUCUUACUCAGAGAGGUUCCUUGCUGAGAUUGGAGCCAUAAUUGCCACAACCUCCUUGGGUAUCCUGCGGUUCACUUCCAUCCUGGUUUCUUAUCCCUACAUCUUCUCCACAGUUCUGAGGAUACCAUCGGUGGAAGGCAGGUCAAAAGUCUUCUCAACAUGCAUUCCUCAUCUCGUGGUUGUUAUCGUUUUCCUCAGUACAGGGUCCAUCACCUACCUUAAGCCAACGUCAGAGUCCCCUUCUAUUUGGGAUCUGAUUGUGUCUGUCUUCUACACUGUGGCACCACCAACAUUGAAUUCCAUUGUCUAUAGCCUGAAGAACAGGGACAUGCAAGCUGCCUUCUGGAAAAUGCUGAGAAAGACUGUCUUCAUACACAGAAACAACAAGAGCAAUAACAACAACACAGCUACUUCGCUCAGUUCAGGCAAACGUAAAGCCAAUUCAGUUAGCAACAGCCAUCCUCCUAUUUAA